UAUCUCACCGGCCACCCUGUUUCUGUUUCUGUCUGUCUGUUAUUCUUAGUGAAGAAACCUUGGAGGUCCCUCACCAAACAGGAGUUGGAGAAGAUCUUGUCCGACACUCCACCAGUGUGGAAAGGAACAUCCAAGCUAUUCCGGAACCUUCGGGAACAAGGCAUCAUCGCUUACACUGAGUAUCUCUUUCUGCUCUGCAUUCUGACAAAGCCUCAUGCAGGCUUUAAGAUUGCCUUUAACAUGUUUGAUGCUGACAGUAACCAGAUGGUGGAUAAAGGGGAAUUUCUUGUGUUGCAAGAAAUUUUCCGAAAGAAAAAUGAGACGAAAGGAAGAAAAGGAGAUGCAUCACUCAGUUUUCUUCAAAGUAUGCAGCUCUAUGGAUAUCAGGUUGUCCCUGUAAACAGCGUGCUAAAAAAAGAGAGUCAGAAGUUUGUGCCCAGGAGCUUCUGGGACAUGCUGAGACGUGGUGCGAGCCAAGCCCUGUUUUCUGACCUGGCAGAGCGUGCCAAUGAGAACAUGAUGAUUGACAGCACUCUGCUUGUGCACUUCUUUGGCAAGAAGGGGAAGGCUGAGCUAACGUUUAAAGACUUCUACAGAUUCAUGAAUAAUCUGCAAACUGAGAUGUUAGAGAUUGAGUUCCUGACCUAUUCCAAAGGCAUGACCACCAUCAGCAAGGAGGACUUUGCACGAAUCUUGCUGCGCUACACUAACAUAGAGGAUAUUCGCAGCUAUCUGGAGAAUGUGCGCCAGUGUAUACCUGAUGAGAACGGCAUCACAUUUGAUGAGUUCAGGUCUUUCUUCCAGGUCCUCAAUAACCUUGAAGACUUUGCCAUUGCCAUAGAGAUGUACAGCUUUGCCUGUCGUUCCAUUGGACAAUAUGAGUUUACUCGGGCGGUAUAUGUCGCAACAGGCCUCAAGCUGACCCGUCACCUGGUUAACACGGAUCAUGAUGAUCAGCUCAGUUACAAAGAGUUCAUUGGUAUCAUGAAGGACCGGCUGCACCGUGGAGGUAGGGUAAGAAAGAGGGUUAUAAGGCUGUAGAGCGUUUUAUUCAUUUAAAUCAUGUCUGAAGAAGGAACU